AUGGUCAAGCUUGAAACUCUUGCGCUCCUCUUGGGCGCCGGCUAUGCUAUUGCUGGUGCCAUCGAGUCGCACCCCGGCUCGCUACCGACUCGCCGAGACACGCUAAAGGCUCGCGAAAAGGGCCUGCGCCUGGUCAAGACAAGCGAGGAGGACCCGGGAGUUUGGUUAACGGAGGAGGAGAAGUUUGACCAGCUGAUCUCCAAGAAGAUCGGCUUUGUCGACAUCACCGAUACCCUUGAGCUUGAGAACUUCCGCCUCAACAGCCAAGGCCGCCUGGCUGACGACACAGUCACGCUGCAAGCGAUUCCUUCGGCUCCCUCGCACCAAUCUGUGGCAAACCCCCUGAUCGCCAAGGCGAACAUUGCCAAUCUCAGAACCUGGGCCAAUGCCAUGGCCGACUUCUACAACCGCUACUAUCGGGGCUCCUAUGCUGCUACUAGUGCGACGUGGAUGUACAACACUGUCGUGAGCGUCAGCUCGUCCAAUUCCGCCAUCACGGUGUCGCGCUUUACGCAUAGUUACAACCAGCCUAGUGUUAUUGCCAAGAUCCCAGGAACUUCGAGUGGCGUGGUUAUUGUCAGCGCCCAUUAUGAUAGCAUUGGUAGCACGACAAGCGGGCGCGCUCCUGGAGCUGACGACAACGCUUCUGGAGUGGUGGUGAUCCUCGAGGCCCUGCGAAUCCUCGCUGAGGCAAAGUACGCGCCAAAGAACACCCUGGAAUUCCACUUCUACAGCGGUGAAGAGGGCGGUCUGCUCGGUAGCCGCGACGUCAUGCAGUCAUAUGUUUCCUCUGGUGUGAAUGUUCUUGCUGUCGUCAACCAAGACAUGACUGGUUACUCGCCGAACAAUGUGAUUGCUGUGUAUACUGACUAUGUCGAUUCGACUUUGACAAACUUUGUCAUGAAGCUGGUUCCUGUCUACUCUGACCUGCCGCUUUUGACUGAUGAGUGUGGAUACGGAUGCAGUGACCAUGCAUCUGCAAACUCGGCUGGAUUCCCUGCUGCCUACGUGUGUGACGAGAACAUGCCAGAUUCGAGCCCGUAUAUCCACUCGGCUCAGGAUACUAUUGCCACGUUGAGCUUUGAGCAUAUUCUCCAACAUGUCAAGUUCACCGUUGGUUUCUUGGUUGAGGGAUCGUACUUCUAGUAUGUUGACACUUCUUUGAUGCAAGAGUGCGUUCGUCACUGUGCAGAGUCCUAGAAAAUUGUAUAGUUU